AUGUCAAUAAACCGGCCGGGCGCGGCUACCCGGCCGCAGCACGCUCUGUUACCCGGCCCACCAAGCGCAGCACUGUUACCCGGCAGCCACCGCCGUUUCCAGUGCGCGGUUACCCGGCCCGCAGAUUGUGCCUCCAAAACGCAGCGCCCAGUUUGCCCACCUCCCGACGCUCACUGGCAUCUCGGCGGUUACAUCCACUUCAAGGUCAACCGCUCCCCAAGACAGCUCCUCUGCCCUUGCCGCUCGCUGCUCGCUGCUCGUCAUCCACGACGGCCCGUCCAGCGACUUUGUCCCGUUUCGUCCAACUUCUGCGUCCCUUUGUUGUCCUUUGUACCGAUUUGUCACCGCCCGCCUAAACGGGAAAUAACCGAGCAGAAAAGAACGCAACGACGCAACGACGUAAUAAAAACCGACCACCGCCCGCCAGAAAAAACCGCACACAUUACUGCAAUUCUCUUUUCAUGGUCCGUUCAACAUGGACAAAGUGAUAAAGAAAAUCCACAGCUUUUCGAACUAGCUCGUCGUCUCUUUUUCCUCAUUCUUCGUUCGUAUCUGUGGUUCGGUUAA